AUGGCUAAGCAGUGUGACUUUUUGGAAGUGCCUAUGACACCCAAACUUGCUCAUCCACAGACUUUGCAGCGGUCCCCCAACAGUAUGCCCUCGUUCUCAGCACUCGGCAUAAAACGGCCUAGCGAUUCGGUCCUGAACUGCGCCCGCCAAGACCUCGCCACGGGCGAAUCAAGCGGCGAUUCCAACGGUUCCACGUCGCGAGUGUCGUCGAUAACCAGUGCCUCGUCCUCAGAGCUCACCAAAAUACGGUACAAGAUUCCUCCGCCGCGUGCUGGCCGAGUGGGCAAGACCUUGUCUCAGCAGGAAAAGUACAAGCUAUACGAGGAAAUGGAGGAAGACGAUGACAUAUCACAAGAGCCGGCCAUGUUCAAUGUGCCGAUGGCCCUGCAUUCGACCGCGUCGCUGUUUGAGUUCUCAAACAAAACGUCGGGCUCGCAGAUCUUAAAGCAAGCGUGGCAUGAUUCGUCCAAACUUGCGCCUUCCCCGUUGCCCGGGGCGCUGGCCAAGAAGAGCCGCACGGAGCCUACGUACCUGCCGAGCCCGGUCCUCACAAAACACCACUCAUACUCGAACCUCUCGCCGGACGCUCGCGACCUGAGCAACUUCUACGAGUACUCGAUACAAAACUACGUGGAACAGGAGAUGAACAGAAGAUCCAAGUACAGCAGCAAAGUGGACGAGCUCGACGACCCGAAGCUCGUAUCGGCAGAAAAGGCCGACUCACUAACGAUAACGCGGCCAUCCUGGUUACCUCCUAAAAAUAAACACGAGUCGCUUAAGCACGAAAAAGAAUUUUCCAAACUGGUGGAGAAGCAAGGGCUUCACCGCAAAAGAGAAAGUUUGAAGAAAGAGCAGCGUGAACGGGACAGGAUGAUAGGAGACGCGCGACUCACUUAUUUAUCGGGUAAGGAAAGGAUUUCGGGCUCGAAUUUGGCCGAGAUCAAGAAACUCAUAUGGAGGUCUCAGGUGGACCCAACAGUCAGAUACACCUUAUUUGUCAAAGUCCUAGAGUACAGACAUUCAAGCACGGACAUUCCUAAUUUGCCAUCGACGACGAGAAAGCUCGAUCUGGACUCGUUUAUCAGCAGGCAUCCAGACAUAUACAGAAGCCCGAAACUGGUGGCGUCUCUGGAGCAACUGCUCAAAAUCACAUCUGCACAGCAGGACUGGCAGUUCAACACGUACCAUGCGAACUUGGCGCUGCUGGUAAACGACUUCACGUUUUCGAGGGCCCUGGGCGUCCUGUAUUAUCUGAAUACCCACGUCAUCACGAAUGAAUUUAUCACGAAAUUUAAUGCUAUUCAAUCACACUCAUACAUCAAGUCGGCUCUCAAGUGUUUCAAGGACGACUUGAGCCUCGUCAAUUUUGAUGCUUUCAUCAAGAUUCUUAACAAUUUCAGUCUUCCAAUCGUUUUCAAGAUCAUCUCGCUGCUUAUGGUGUACGCAGACCACAAGCUACUCUACUCAUGCAUCACGACGAUUCUCCUCCACUACCAUUUUGGAUGGAACAAUCUGAACCUUGUCCUUCACAACCAGGACCCUGUUAUAUGCAUUGACGACGAGGAACUGUUUUGGAGCAGAGUUUACUCUUACUAUAAGAAAAUGUAA